AUAAAUUUAUAUUUUAAUAAUUUAGUAUUAAAUACAGAAAUAAGAUUUUCCUGAUGUCUGAUAUUAAUUAGAAUCAGUAAUUGAUAUUCAAUAUUCAUUAUUUUUUUUUUAAUUUAAUUUUACUUUUAAAUAAUGUGUGAGAUUACUUGUGAGAAUUUUUAUUCCGAAUUACCGACCAUUGAAGACGCAAUCAAAAAAUCUGCUUUUAUUAGCUUAGACAUGGAGUUCUCUAAAUUAUAUGACAAUGCAUCAAGACCAUUUAGUUUAUUUGAUACAACUGAAGAACGAUAUAAAAAAUUGCGCCAACAAGUAUCUGAUAUAACCUGUAUACAGUUAGGUAUAGCCAUUUAUAUUUAUGAUGUCGAUAACAAAACAUUUAAUAUGAGUACUUACACUUUUUACACCUACCCUCAGACAUUUUAUAAAUCUGAUAGUAUUGUAAAUUUUCAAACAUCAUGCGUUGAAUUUUUAUGUAAAUAUAAUUUUGAUUUUAAUAAGUUAUUUCAUAGCAGAGUACCAUAUUUAACUAAUGAACAAGAAUUAAAAAUUAAGUCAGAAAUGUUGGAUGAAUUAUUUUUUGACAAAUAUUUUGAAACUAAUUUAAAAUUUCGUUCCAUUGAAGAAGAAUUAAUGAAAAUUUUAAAAAUUGUUUCUGAAUGGUAUAAUUUGGCCGACUAUGGAGAGCAGACAUUUUUAGAAAUAAAUGGAUGCAAUGAACCUGCAUAUAUUAUCCUAAUGCAAUAUUAUCUUCUGAAAAAGUUAAAAUUUAUAAUCAUAGAUGAAAAUCAAUUAGGAUUAAAUAUUACAAAAAUAAAAGGUGAUACAAACUCAGAAACAUUAAACAAUACAAUUUAUGAAAAUUUAAAACUAAGUUUAUUAAAUAAGAUGAUGGGUAUCAAAUAUUUAAUAAAACUAAUAUCAAAGUUGAAAAAACCAAUAAUUGGGCAUAAUUGUGCUUUAGAUAUUUUAAUUUUAUCUAAUCAAUUUUUCACUCCUUUACCUGAAAACUUCAAAGAUUUUCAAAAUUUUGUAUCUGACAAUUUUGGUCCAAUUUAUGAUACUAAAUUAUUAUGUAAGGAAGUUAAACGUAUAGUAUCUAAAAAUGAUUUAUGGAUGGGAAGUUCUCUUUCAGAAAUAUAUUCAUUUUUAAAAGAUGGAGAUGGCGAAAAAUAUUCAAAUAUUAUAAGUAUUCAAUUGACUGGUAUUGAAGAACCUCCAAAUAUGAAAUUACACCAUGCUGGGUGGGAUGCCUAUUAUACUGGUUAUUGUUUUGUUAAAAUGAUUCACAUAAUUAAAAGCUUUUCGUGUAAGACUGAAAAAACAAAUCUAAGAUAUACUUUAACAGAGCUUUUCAAAUCAAUAGAAUUUUCUAAGAAUAAAUUGUUCACCAGUCGAUCAAUAUCAAAUAUUUUGGACUUGGAAGCUGAUGAACACCAUCAUCAGACAAAUCAUUUAAUUAUUCAGAAUAAAGGAACUCUUUAUAAAGCUUUAGAUUUAAAAAAACUUAAGCAAGAUCUCCAACAAAUUAGUCAUUUUGAUAUUAAAUUACUUUCAAACUAUACUGCAUUGGUUGCCUUCCCUUUCGUGCAUAGCCGUAUCAUUUAUAAACUUAAUACAAACUACAAUGUGGAAAAUUAUUCAAUAUAUCAAAAGAAAAAGAGAAACAAACAAAUUAUUUGCUUCAGUUGUUUAGCAAUAAUAACUACUUGUAUAACAAUUAUAAAAUAUGUAAAGAAGUAAUUAAAUAUGUGAAUUAGUGGGUACCACUUUAUUGUACAAUUUACUAUAGGUGUCGAGUGAUUCACAGAAAUGGAUGACAUGUGUUAAAUUUGAAUUCAAUGAUAUAUUAUUGUAAACGAAAGACGAUUGAGUGGAAACAGUCUGUCAACCAAAUAUAUCCUUAUAAGUAGGUAUAUUUCGUUACAUAAUUCUUGAUAUUGCUGUUAAAGUAAUUCAUUUUAUUAUUAGUACUGUAAUACGAUAGAUAGGCUUAAUUUUUGCUGGAUACAUUCCCCUUAUUAUAUUAUUUAAAUAAUUUACUACUAUACCAUAACAUUAUAUAAUUGUUAUUAACUUUUGAGGCAAUAUCAUCAUUCAUCCUACUGUAAACCAGUCACUGGUGGUUACUAGAGUAAUAGAGUGAAUAAGUUCAUCGAUUAAAUAUAAAUAGAUAAUAUCUUAUAAAAAUAUUAAUCUGAAUAGUAUUAAUAGUAAUAUUCAGUAAU